GUGGUUACCGUGUAGGGUGGCCUCCAGGGCCCUCACCUCAGUCAUUACAUCACAAUAUGUUGAUCCGUAUCCUAGCUGGGGAGCAAUCCCAGAAUUAACUUUGGAACGUUGGUUCGACAAAUUUGGUGAGAAAGUUGCUUGGUUGCCUGAGCACAAUUUUCAGAUUAAGAAUAUCUUCAAUACAAAAGGAUCAAUGCGUCUUUCUGAUAUGUUGAUGCAAGCGAGAAAGAAGCGUAAGUGUCCAACUUGGAUGGGAGAAACUGUUUGGAAUGAUCUUGAGAAGAUAUGGAUGGAUCCGUCGUUUAAGAAGAUAUCAAAUCAAGCUAAGAAAAAUCGUGCUUCUUCUAAAGGAGGAGCUGUCCAUACUGGUGGAUCUAUAUCCAUUGCUGAACAUACCAUUCGAUUGGCUGAAGAGUUAGGUAGAGACCCCACAUUGGACGAGGUCUUUUAAAAACUCAAACUAAGAAGAAGGACAACUCUUGGG